CUUUUCCUCUGUCUCUGUCUCUUUCUUUCCCUCUCUCUCUCUCUUUUGUCGCUUUCACUCUCUCUCUCUCUCUCUUUUUCUCUCUCUUUCUCUCUCACUCUGCUCCCGUAUCUCGUCGGUCGCCACACCAGUCUCAGGCGAAGCGGACGUCCCGCAUGCCACUGGCGCAUGGGCGGGGGACUGGCUGGACCGCGGGGACGUGCCCGCGCCCUUUGGUGGUGGUGUAGGCUCGCUUGCCCCUGCUGCAGCGGCAUAUGGCCUGGCGCCAGAUGCACCCGUGGCCGCUGCCUCCAGCGGGGCGGUGGUGUCCAGCGCCCGCAUCACUGCGGAUGCCUCUGCAGGCGCCGCCUCCUCCAAGAGCCUCGGCCUGCCGGCGCGGCAGCAGCCGGGGGCGCCCGCGUACGUGACUUUACGGCCCCCGUCUGGUGUUCCAGGCCGAGGGCUGCUGACAAGCAGCCCCGCGUCCGGGAGCACCGAGACUCCGGGCAGCCCCUCGAGCGGUGGCUUCUCCAGACGUGCCAACACCACGGACGCGCAGCAUUCGGC